CUGUUUCCUGCGGUCCUUACCAAAGCUGCCACUUCGAGCCUUUAGCACAGGUACCAGGAAAAUCCACACUGCUCCAGUUCGAACCUUACUCCUACUGCGACCCCUGCCCAUCUUGGUGGCAACCGGUGCCCUGACCCUUUAACCUGUGCCCUGUGAGCCAAGACUAGAAGCCACCAGCGCCCCUGGAGCAGUGACAGCCCGGGAGUUCCUCUGGCGAGGGGGAAGGGGAGGAAGGAGAAAAAAAACAAAGGCGAGUGAGCGCACUCUCGCGGAGGCUCACGACACCCUCCCGGUGCCUACCCACAAUGUGUCAGUCAGAGGCGCGGCAAGGACCAGAGCUCCAAGCAGCAGCGAAAUGGUUGCACUUUCCCCAGCUGGCCCUGCGACGGAGGCUGGGCCAGCUGAGCUGCAUGUCCAGACCUGCCCUGAAACUGCGCUCUUGGCCCCUGACCAUCCUCUACUACCUCCUGCCCUUCGGCGCCCUCAGGCCACUCAGCCGGGUGGGAUGGAGGCCCGUGAGCAGGGUGGCCCUGUACAAGUCUGUGCCAACACGUUUGCUGUCAAGGGCCUGGGGCCGCCUCAACCAGGUAGAGCUGCCGCACUGGCUGCGGAGGCCCGUCUACAGCCUGUACAUCUGGACCUUCGGCGUGAACAUGAAGGAGGCCGCCGUGGAGGACCUGCACCACUACCGGAACCUCAGCGAGUUCUUCCGGCGCAAGCUGAAGCCUCAGGCCCGGCCCGUCUGUGGCCUGCACAGUGUGAUCAGCCCAUCAGACGGGAAGAUCCUCAGCUUCGGGCAGGUGAAGAACUGUGAGGUGGAGCAGGUAAAGGGGGUCACCUACUCCCUGGAGUCGUUCCUGGGCCCUCGCACCUGCACAGAGGACACGCCCUUCCCCCCAGCCUCGUGUGACUCCUUCAGAAACCAGCUGGUCACCCGGGAAGGGAAUGAGCUCUACCACUGUGUCAUCUACCUGGCUCCUGGAGACUACCACUGCUUCCACUCCCCCACCGACUGGACUGUCUCCCACCGGCGCCACUUCCCAGGCUCCCUGAUGUCAGUGAACCCUGGCAUGGCCCGCUGGAUCAAAGAGCUCUUCUGUCAUAAUGAGCGGGUGGUCCUGACUGGAGACUGGAAACAUGGCUUCUUCUCACUGACGGCCGUGGGUGCAACCAACGUGGGCUCUAUUCGCAUCUACUUUGACCGGGACCUACACACAAACAGCCCUAGAUACAGCAAGGGCUCCUACAACGACUUCAGCUUCGUAACGCACGCCAACAAGGAGGGUGUUCCCAUGCGCAAGGGCGAGCACCUGGGCGAGUUCAACUUGGGCUCCACCAUCGUGCUCAUCUUUGAGGCGCCCAAGGACUUCAACUUCAAGCUAAAGACCGGGCAGAAGAUCCGCUUCGGGGAGGCACUAGGCUCCCUCUAGGCUUUGUCCUGGCUCCGGUUGCCAAGGCUUUUUGCGCACAAGAGUCUAAGGGUCUGUGGAGGAGCCCCAAGCUGUCUGCGUGAGGGGAACUGGGGUUCACCCGGCAGGAUCUGAAGGAUUCAUUCCUACCUGUCCGAGGUACAGACAAGUUCUGGAUCUGCUCAUGGGCAGCCAGAGAUCAUCAGAACCUAGGCCUCCCUUAUAGAGAGAAAGUUAUAGGCAGGAUAACCUAACCUCAGAAUCACUUUGGAAUUUUUUUUUUAAUGCUAUAUAAACUGGAAGACCCCAUGUCUACUGGCUGAGUAUUCAGUUGUCUUGGGGCUUGUGUGAGGCAGUCUGUGCUGCUGUGCCCUCUAGCCACUCCUCCAUGUUCUGGACCAUUUCCCUUUAGCCCCUUCACUUCCGGCCUCACAGGCUGAGGUGCCUACUUGGCACAGAUUGCGGCUCCUCCACCUGGGGCAGACCACAUAGCCUUCCUGACUGCUUUCUGCUCCCAUGUGUGCAUCCACCUGCUUGCUGAGUGAAACCUUCCUCCUUACGUGUGGGUGAAUGUAUUGCCCUGGCCUCUGCCAGGAAUCUGAGGGUGGUAGCUCAUGAUGCAGACCUUUGUAGGCCCCAAGGAAUGACCUCCCAGAGCUGAGUCCAGGUAGCAGGAAUGCCCUGCUUGGUGGUGUCCAGAGUGAAUGGGGCAAGUGGAAGCCCAGCCCAGAAGAGGGGAAGUUGCUGCUCUUGGUUCAAGGGCUGGGUUCCAGGCAGGGGAGCCUUGGUGUAUGGUGGAGCAGUGCCUAGAAAACCUGUCCUAGGUGACAAGUAUGCAGGCCAUAGGGAGCCCAGUAGCAGACAGGGCCAGUGUUCACGUUGAUCUUGGGGAUGCUAUGGAUUUCUCCUGCAGGAGAAGUCAUUGAACUUUUUCAACUGUAUCAGUAGCACAGUAUUUUGUAUGAAAAGUAGGAGACUUCUGAACAGUCAUACAUUUAAUUGCAAGACAUUUUGAAAUAAUAAAUUUUAAAAUGUG